CGGUAGCCGUGCAAGGUCUGGGGCGGGGCUAGCGAUGAAUGGGCGUGGUCUCAGUGAGAGCGGCACGAGAGGCGCGGAUGAUAGACAUCAGUAACAGAAGCUUAUAAGGUGUGUUAUUAUAGCCGAUGCAUCGGAUUCCCGGGGGAGAUCACCUGCAGCGCUCAGCACCUGAGCAGGAAGUACAUCCAGCUGGAGACAGAUAUCACCGUGCAGCUGUCAGGAAUCCAUAUAUACCAGAUAAUGGGCGAUUUGUCCUGUGAAAAUGAGCUAGAGGAACUGAUGCACCAGAUUGACGUCAUGGUGAAUAGUAAGAAAGUGGAAUGGCAGAAGGAAGUCCUUGUGCUGGAACAGACGCUGGAAGAUCGGGAGCGGGAGCUGACGGAAGCCAGAAGUGCCUUGGGUCAAAAAGAUUGUGAGAUUGGGAUCCUCUCAAAAAAGCUGGAACAAGCAGAUGAAUCUAAAUUUGAAAUUGUCCAGAACAGUGAGAAAGAGCUUGAAUCACUGAAAACUCAGCUAUGUCAAUUAAAGAAGAAUUAUGAAAAGCUCCAUUACUAUCACGUACAAAGCCAGAAGAGUGACAGUAUUGUGGUUCCUGUGGACCAUGCGUGGAGUCAGUCCGAGCUACGCUGGUUGUCUCUGAAGCUGGAGGAAAAUAAAGGUCAAGCCAAACAGUGGGAGAAGCAACGGACGCUGUAUCAGAAUCAUUUAAAGACCUUAAAUGAACAGAGGAAAACACUAGCAGAAAAAUGUGAUUUUCUCCAGAAGCAGUCGCAAAGUUACCAGGAGCAGCUACGGAGCCGGACGCAGCUGCAGGACGCCGCAGUUACCAGUAACCAAAGUGAGAUCAGGAGAUUGCGGUUCCAGCUGGAGGCUUCACAGGACACCCUCAGCAGUGACGAGCUUGUCAUGGAAAGCCUAAAAUGUACUGUAAAAGAAAUCACAUUAAGCAGGGACUCUCUGAAAGCUGAAAACCAGCGGCUCUUACAGGAACUGCGGAAUUGUCAGAAGCGGUGCCAGAGAAUGGAGAGUGAACUGUCUGAAGCUACGAUUGAACUCCAGGCCCGUGAUGACCUCCUGAGGGCGGUGGAGUUGGAUCAGAGGCAGAUACACAAAGACAUGAAUCUCUAUCAGAAUUCACAAGGCAAUAAGCUCAGCUGCCCAGAGUCAGAUUUAUACACACAAAAACCGACAUCAAACAAAGAACAGAUUCAGAAGUGGGUGAGACGGUCUCCAUGUGACAGUCAGGCUGAAAAACACCCCUGUAAUAAAGAGGAGAAGAUCCCUGGGCUGGAGACUCUGAGGGCAGACAUCUCUGACCUGACUGCAAAGCUAAAUCAGAAAGAUGUCACUAUAGCAACCAUAAGCGAGAAGGUCUCUCGACUGGAGCGGGAGCUGGAAGGGAGAGAGCAGGAGACUGUGCACAGACAGGUGCUGAAGUCCGCAGCAGAAAUGAUCCCCUCAGACUCCUGUACUGCGCCCCCAGAGCAGGAAAGACUGGGGAAGUACUGUUCCAGCGUGCAGAACAUACAGCCCGAGGAGCCAGAGAGGAUGAAGGCUGAGCCCUGGCAGAGACAUGCCACCAGAGCACAGAGCCUACAGGAACAACACAGAUCUUUUAAUGAAGAAACCCAGAAUAAGAUCCUGAAUAAUAACACCAGUAAUAAUCUAACGUUUCUCAGUGAGUUUGAUGGAUGCGGCAGUGGCUGGGAUACGCCUGCUGGGAGCCUGUUAGUGAACCAGGAAUUUCUGGAAGCCAUCGCACAAAAUGGCUGCCAAUUUCCAGAGAUGGAUCUGACAGAUUUCUCUCUCGUUUUUGUUAGUGACCGGCAAAACGAAUCUACCACAGCUCCUGACCAGGAAGGAUCCUUCAUAUCGGCAGCGGAGCGAUUCCUGUGGGAGGAGAACCAGCGGGCCGGUGAUUUUGAAAAGAUCUUGAAUUCUCACAUUGAAGAACUGCACAGAAACUGCGAGCGCACUGUCAGCAAAUACACCUCGCACAGCCGGUACAUCGCCUCCUCCUGACACUACGGCAUUUCAUCACUUACGUCCAGGACUGUACAGAACAUAGCUUACAGCGGGUGCUUGCAGAGAUGUCGCUAACCUAGUAUUGGUUCUCUGACUUUAGAGGAAAAGUGUCUCACCUGCCGCCAUGUUAGCAGGAAAUGCCGGAAUUAGCCUGCAGCUGGAGCAUUUGUGCCUAUAUGCAGUGGUGCCAUAUUGUGGGCUGCACCUAUCUUGAUGAUAAUGCGAAUAAAUCGCUUGAGUCCAGCAAUAUCACUGCAUGGUUUCCAUGUAGACCGGUUAGCUGCACUCCUAUGGAUACUGGCCCCACCCACAAAAUGGCUUCCUCGCUUGCGCGUCGGUGACGGAUACACUUUAAAGCACAGUUUACUUAUAUAUAUUUACAAUUUUAAGAUGCCCCUCUCAUUGCUAAAAAAGAAAAUACAGCUGUCCUACUUUGAACUCACCAUAUCAUCCACUUGUCAAAAUAAAACACAUGACAUGCUGCUCCCAUUUAA